GAAAUACAAAAUGGAGGCAGUCAUAGCGCAUAAUGAAAGACUAAGCCAUGGUUUAGUUGCCAUUUUUAUGUUAUUCUUAUUUAUUGAAGUUUCCGGGCCUGAAAAGGUGAAAAUUGUUGAAGCACCAGCAGUCUACAGAUCUGGACAAAUGAGUAAUAGUUAUCAGCCUGCUAGACAUAUAUCUCAAAGUGAAACUAAGCUUGCUGCCAGAGUAAAACCUAGUGUUGUGUCAGGUCCACCACAUCUCCAAGUAUUGGCUGGAAAAUGCUUUACAUUGAUACAUAAUGGGUACAAGUAUGAGUUUUGUCCAUUCCACAAUGUGACACAAAAGGAACAGACAGUAAGAUGGAAUGCAUUUUCUGGAGUUUUGGGUGUCUGGAAAGAAUGGGUCAUUGUGAACAACACAUUUGAAGCCAUGCUGUUAGCUAAUGGUGACAUGUGUCCUGGAGAGAAACCAAGACAGACAAAGGUAUUUCUUAGAUGUGGAGAUCAUAACAAGGUUAUCUCUGUAGUAGAGCCCACUAUUUGUCAUUAUGAAUUAAGAUUUGAGACACCACUGGCUUGUCCUAUAGAUGCCUUCCUAGUUUAUCCAGUGCUAAGUGCUGAGGGCCAGAAAGAGUGGGAACAGAUUGAAGAAGCACUCUAUCGCAAAGAGCUGACUCUUCAAGGCUACAACAAGUACAGAAAAGCUCUUUUCCAAAAGGAAAACUUGAUUCCAAAUGACAGCAACAAAGAAAAAGGGAAAGAUAAAAAAGGUAGCAAAAACAGCUCAUUUGAAGGAGAUCUUAACUCACAUGCUGGCGAUGACCAUAAAGGAAAGAUUGCCAGCUUUCAUUCUAAAGAAGAGUGUUCCAAGGCUUACAGCGAUCUUUUGGCUGAGGUACAAAAACUUAGGAAGCUCUUAAAUAUGAGCUGCUCUGGAUGCAAUGACUCUAUGGAUACCCACACAAAUGGAGCUGUCCAGUCAAACAUAGAUUUUAUAAAUAUGACAGGAGUAGCAAGUAGUAACACUGAGAGAUCUGUUAAGCAGAACCUAAAGAUGCAAGAACCUUUAAGAGGUGACAGAGAUAAACUAAAAGAACUAAGGAAAACUCUGGAAACUAAAGAAAAGAAGGGAUUCCAGUCUAUAGUAGAAAAUCUGCGAGGGGAUCUAGGAGUGAAAAAAAAUCAAUCUACAGAUUUAAGGGAAAGCAAGCAAAGGAAAUCUGAUAUGUUAAUGAAUGCCAAUGAGAGCUAGGACUUAAAAUGAAUCAGCAUGAAUCUGGAUCAGAGACAUGAUUUAACUAGAAAGUAGGCUUCUCUGACAGCUAUAUGUUCUUCCAGAUCUUAUAACAAAAGUACCAGGAUAUGGUAGUUUCGUUGUAAGAUAAAAGGAAAGUGUUGCAUCUUCAUUGGAGCUCCAAGAUGUACAUGUAAUUUCUGGAGACUGGCAUGAAGUCUGGGGUAUUCUUCCAAUCAUUCUUCUUGUACCUCCAAAAUACUCAGGAAUGAAAUUGCUUUUUCUCAAGGUGUUUUCAAAGAUGGGAGUUACAUUGUCUUGUUUGAAAGUGAAAUGUUAGUUAGUGGGAGCAUGGCUGUAGACAUUAAACCACCGAACAGUUACAUUGCCAUUGAUGGUUUUCCUUAGUCUCUUGGAUCUCAAUAAUUUAACUUAGCCUUAGUCACUGUAAAUCUUUCUCUAUGUUGAACGAUGGUAGCAAAUCAUCAAGAUGAGUGGUUAGGAUGGCUGUUGGGAAGAGGUUUGCAAUAUUUCCUCUGUUUCAUAUGAUAUUUCAUUUGUCAGGGAAAUGUUACUUUAAUUCAGUCAAAUAAAAGAAUUUUGAAAACCAA